GAAGCAGCAGCAGCAAGUGGGAACACCCAGCCAGAACCAUGGAGGACCAGCGUGACCUCAUCUCCAACCAUGAACAACUGCCCAUUCUGGGCCAGCACCCCAGAACCCAGGAGAGCAAGUGCAGCCGUGGAGCCCUGACCACAGGCUUUUCUGUCCUGGUGGCCCUACUCCUGGCUGGCCAGGUCACCAUGGCCUACUUCCUGUACCAGCAGCAGGGCCGGCUGGACAAGCUUACAGUGACCUCUCAAGAGCUGAAACUGGAACAACUGCGCUUGAGCCUUUCAACGGUUGCCAAGCCUGCCAAACCUUUGGGCAAACUCCGAAUGGCUGCUCCCAUGAUGAUGCAGCCACUGUCCAUGGCAGGACAGCUUCAGAGGCCCCUGCAGAAUGCCACCAAGAACGGCAAUGCCACGGAGGACCACGUGAUGCACAUGCUCCUGAGGUCUGACCCCCUUAAGGAGUACCCACAGAUGAAGGGAAGCUUCCCAGAGAACCUGAAAUUCCUCAAGAACACCAUGGGGACCGUGGACUGGAAGGUCUUCGAGAACUGGAUGCACCAGUGGCUCCUGUUCGAAAUGAGCAAGAACUCCCACGAAGAGGUCAUGGAGGCUCCAACCAAAGUGCUGACCAAGUGCCAGGAGGAGGUCAGCCGAGUCUCUGCCAUUCACCCGGGCUCGUUCCGUCCCAAAUGCGACGAGAAUGGUGACUAUAUGCCACUCCAGUGCUAUGGCAGCAUCGGCUACUGCUGGUGUGCCUUCCCCAACGGCACAGAGGUUCCCCACACCAGGAGCCGGGGGCAGCCUAACUGCAGUGAGCCCCUGGACGCUGAGGAUCCAUGGUCUGGGCAGGGUGUGUCCAUCCCAGUUAUGUGAGAGUAGCAGACGCAGAUGCCAGCUCCCAGGCGCCAA